CGCGAGUUCGAAGGGUUAUAUGUGAAAUCGUGAACACAAAAGCAACUUAUGUAUAAGCAGUAUAAAUUAUCUCAAGAGCUACGUGUUCGUAGAGUCUGCAGCAGAGCACCUAACUUUUCCACAAAGUCUCUUCAUAAUGGCAUCAAGGGUAUAACGAAGCUAGAAAAUUAUGUUGGGAAAUACUUGGUCAUAUUAUUUUAUCCCUCAAACUUUAUGGAGACAUCUUCUCAAGAGCUGUUGGAAUUUCAAAGUUACUUGUCAAAAUUUCAAGAGAUUAACUGUGAAAUUUUAGCUAUCUCUCCUGAUUCAAUAGAAUCACAUAUAGCCUGGUUCACUGCACCGCUUGAAAACAAUGGACUUAAUGAAAGCAUUCAAUUUCCUCUACUGGAAGACAAAAGCAUGACUAUUUGCAGAACAUUUGGAGUUUCAAAUGAGGAUAAUGGAAGUGCUCUAAUGAGUGCUUUCGUGAUCGACACAAAUGGAUGGAUACGUAUCACAGUAUGUCUGGAUGUUGGUAUACACUUCUGUGUCAAAGAUAUUCUACGAAUGGUGAGAGAACUACAAAUCAGAGAUAAAGAAGAAGAGGUAGAGACUGGAAAUCCAGUAGAAAUAAACAGUUAGUUGGCUGAUUUGCUUUUCUUUCUAAGAUUGAAAAAAACUCUUUGCGGUAAUUAUUUGUGAUAUCGUAUUACUCUUGCAUUUCGCACUUAUAAAUGAAUGAUAACUUCUACUAGACUCUUCAUUAUUCUAUAUUGCAUUUAAAAGAAAAUUACCUUUUGGAUUAUAGUAAUAGUUUUAUUUUUCUCUGUUGUUUUAACUGAUCUCUGUUUCUGCUUAAACUUUUAUUUUUCUAAUGUGCAGCACCAUUUUUGUGUCUCAGUGAGAAAUUGCACACUGUAAUCAUGUUCAUGAUAAGGUUUCCCCUUCAUCUGCUACUUUGUUCUUUCUUUGAUUUUCCAUUAAAUCCACUCAAUAACUAAUAA